GUCCUGCUGACUGUGAGAGCAGGUCGAGCGUCGUGGCUGCGUCACUCGGUGCCUCUUCAGGCCGGGGGGUCACGUCUGAGGAGGUGGACGGGGUCACCGGGCAGGAAGACAACAACCAGCCCGGCAAAGACAGAGGCAAUAUCACAGCUGGGUGUCUCUGAUGCUUUUGCUCUCCUGGUGCUUUAUCUCAGUGUUUCCUGGCCGCUUGUGUUGAAGGAUGGCUCGGUGGGGAACUUUGAUGACCUGGCUCAGGAGUACUCGCAGUAUUACGGCACCUCCCUCAGCGACGUGUGUGAAAGGAUGGAGGAGUUACGGAAACGCAAAGUAGUGCAGGACUCAGAGAUGGGAAAGAUUGACUCAGUGGCCACAUCACUGCAGCUCCGCUCUCAGAUCCAGGAAUCCCUGGGACUCAGCAGUACUACAUCGACUCCAGAGACCGAGAGAAGGUUUCCUGUGCACAAAUCCAGCUCGGAUGAUGGAUCAGGAGGAAAAUGGGAUGGAAAGAGAAAGAGCAAGUCUUUUUGGCAGAAUUUCCGAAAGUCACAGAAGGGAGUGAUGCGUCAGAUUUCUAAAGGUGAUGAUGUCGGUUUCGUGGCCAGCGAAAUCACCAUGAGUGACGAGGAACGUAUUCAGCUGAUGAUGAUGGUGAAGGAGAAUAUGAUCUCUAUAGAGGAAGCCCUGGCACGGCUGAAGGAGUUUGAAGUACAAAACAGACAAACAUGCAAGCCCGAUCUCACGGAGUGGACCGACCCCUGCGGCCCCAACACAAACGAGUCGCUCGGCUGCAACCCCUGCGACCUGUCAGACAACGAACAAGAGGAAUCCGUGACGUUCAGGAGGCUCCACAAACUGGUCAACUCAACUCGGAAAGUGAAGAAGAAGCUGAUCAGAAUUGAUGAGGCUAAGAGGCCUGGAGCAGAGGAGAGCCUGAAUGUAGAUCUUCCCUGCGGAGAUGCCAGCCUCCCUCUGUAUUCGGGAGUGCAGAGGAAGCCUGUAGUUUGUCCCGUGGACUCGCUGGCUUCAGCUCUGCAGGAACAACUUACCUACGACAGGGACUCAGACAGCCUGACCACCUCCCCUUCAUCCAGCAGCCUGGACACCUGCAGCAGCCAGAAGAUCUUCCAGGCCUUAAGCAAGUCUAGCGGGAGUCCUGUUCACCAGCAGACCGGUGUGGCAGCAGCAGAUGUGAAGGAGGCGGCUGAGGGCAGUGGCUCCUCUGUUUCUGAAAUGGAGGGUUGCAAUGAGGAGGAACCCGCAAUUGCACGAUCAGUGACCGACGGGGAGCUUCGUAACCGGGUCCUCAACCCACUCAGCCACCACGGGAGAGCUUGUAGCUUUGGAGGAUUUGACCUGACCAACCGCUCAGGGCACGCUGUCAUCUCUGACAAUGAUAACAUUAACAAAGAUGGAGAAGGCGGUGUGAGAGAUGGCGUUAAGUCUCCGACGAUGUCCCGUAUUUCUCUGGGCAAAAAAGUCAAGUCUGUGAGAGAGACGAUGAGAAAACACAUAUCCAAGAGAUACCACUGUUCUCUCUCGGAACAGUCAAGCCCAGACCGACUAUCCAGCUGCCCUCACUCGCCUCCGACAGACUCUGACUCUUUGGAGAAACCCAAACUGAAGCCAGGAGGCUCUGUGGAAAGCCUGAGGAGCUCCCUCAGCGGACAAAGUUCCAUGAGCGGUCAGACAGUGGGCACCACUGAUUCCUCCAACAGCAACAGAGAGAGCGUGAAGUCUGAGGAUGGAGAGGAAGAUGAGCUGCCUUACCGUGGACCCUUCUGUGGACGAGCUCUGGUUCACACCGACUUCACCCCAAGUCCAUACGACACCGACUCCCUCAAAUUGAAGAGCGGAGAUGUCAUCGACAUCAUCAGCAAGCCUCCGAUGGGAACGUGGAUGGGGAUGCUCAACGGCAAAGUCGGCACCUUCAAGUUCAUCUAUGUGGAUGUUCUGAAUGAAGAGGAGGUGAAGCCCAAAAAGACACGCAGGAGGAGGAAGGCCCGGCAACCCAAACCCACCUCUGUGGAGGAGCUACUCGAUCGCAUCAACCUCAAAGAGCAUCUUCCCACCUUCCUUUUCAAUGGUUACGAGGAUCUGGACACGUUCAAGUUGCUCGAGGAGGAGGACCUGGAUGAGCUGAACAUCAGAGACCCUCAGCACAGAGCUGUGCUGCUCACUGCCGUGGAGCUGCUGCAGGAGUAUGACGGGAGCAGCGACCCCGAGCGAAACAGUCCGUCUGGAGGCUCGCAGGAGAAGCUGCUGCUGGACAGGCGCGGCCUCUUAGGAGACUCCCCCCGAGACUCGGGCUGCUACGAGAGCAACGAGAACCUGGAGAAUGGAAGGGACAAAAAGAGACCUUCAGCCAUGAGCAGGUCCUCGUCUGGCUUUCAGUCCAGCCACCUCCCGUCCCCAGAGUCCCCUGUCCUCCCCCAGUCCUUGACCUCCACCUGCCCCAGUAAGACUUUACUCGAGGGUAAACCCAAGCACCUGCCAUGUGUCCUACUGCCACGUAGACCCCCUAAGAACAGCUUAAGACUAUUAAGCUCAGCAGAAGGUCAUAUUCCCAGGAGUCAAAGCUGCGUGGAGCUGAGAAGAAUCACAGCGCCGAAUCUGCUGCGGCGCUGCUCCUCCCUGAAGACCUUCCACAAAGAGCAGAAGAGCAAACUCCUCAACCUUAAAGACUGGAAUCUCAACACAAAGACUGAGGAUAGCACGCAGCACACGGAAAACCCUCGAAAACAGUUUACAACCACAUUUCCAUCCUCCCAGACAUCAUGCAAUGCCGUGUGCAGCACUUCAAACACAGACAAAGUGUUCGCCCCUAAAGAGGCAGAAACGACGCAGAGCACAAACCUCGAGCCGCCGCCCACGGUCCAGGCAGACAAGUCAAAGCAUCACGUAGCUGCACCUUCUUCACCAAACCCACACCGAGAGCUCUCACAAACAGAAACUACCUGCAGGCCUGACUGCACAGAUCACAUCUCUUCAGAGGAAAACAAGCGUCGUUCAGUUUCAGCCGCCUCUGAAGCCCGCCGGCUGAAAAUGAGAAGAAAUGUAAAGAUAUCCGUCAACUGUGUAAAUGUGAAAGGACUCCAGUUACAGAGUCACGAUCUGAAACAGGAGCCAGUUUCUGGCCUGACCUCAGAAGCGAAGUAAGGUGUCACUUUACAGCUGCUGAUUGUUGCUGUUAGGUAUUGACUCUGUUUUUUUUCAGGAUGAUUGAAAUACAGUGUUUUUCCAGAUAACCAAAUAUUUCCGAAAUGUAACCAUGUAACUGAAAAGCAGCUGUAAAGAUCGCGGUGCAUCAUAAAACUUUCUUUCUGAGAUGUAGCUACAAUUUAAACCAUGUUUAUGGACUGACGAUUUCAUCAAAGCAAAACCUUCAUCAAUAAAUGACUUGUUGCUGUCAUUCAUACACUGCAGUUUCAGUGCAGAAUCGCUCUGUCAUUGCAUCGACUGCACAUUUUGCUAAUGAUAUAUCUUCUAAAACCAUAUUGACAUGUAAACAAGGUAAAAGAAACUUGAUUUUCACCAUAGCAGGUCCUAAACCAUAUUUUUAUCUGUUUAUAAGUAUAUAUAGUCUCUGCAUUAGUGACGACAGGCCUAUUCACAGGUAUAAAGGUUUAAAUCAGACAAUAAAUGAUGGCUAAAUGUAAUAAAGGUGCUGUUGUUUCAGGGUAUUGUAUGUGAUAUCUCAUGUAAUAUGAGGACGGAGCUAUGUUUAAUAUGUUUAAUAAAAUAUCUGGUGAUUAA